UAUGGAGAUUGACGGUUUCCAGCAGUUAGACCUAGAGAAGAGUGUACCUUCCAAAAAGACUACUCCUAAAAGGAUUAUCCAUUUUGUUGACGGAGACAUCAUGGAAGAAUAUAGCACAGAGGAGGAGGAGGAAGAGGAAAAAGAGGAGCAGAGCACAAAUUCAACACUUGACCCUUCUAAACUUUCCUGGGGGCCCUACCUACGAUUUUGGGCAGGACACAUAGCAAGCACCUCAUUUUCUACAUGUGAAUUCCUUGGUGGAAGAUUUGCUGUCUUCUUCGGUCUUACUCAACCCAAAUAUCACUAUGUGUUAAACGAGUUCUAUAGGAUACAAAACAAGAAAAGUGACAACAAAAGUGAAAGGAAAGGAUCAAAGGCCCAGGCAGCUGAGGUUCCUAAUGAAAAGUGUCACUUGGAGGCUGGGGUCCGAGAGUAUGGAACCAUACAACAGGAUGCGACAGAGGCCAUUUCUCAGUGA